GCCCUGCAUGACAGAUGUAACUGAGUAUUAGUUAACAAGUAGGUAAUACAGAAUUAUUUAUUUUCCAAUAGUUUAUAUUUUAAAUGAAUGGACACAUGUUCAGGUAAGGUGUACAGGUUAAUAACAGCAGGUGUAGAGGUGCAGCUGAGGGCAGAUACUACCAACAGACUUAUCAGGUACAAUGUGAGUUGGAUUGCAACACAACUUAAAGAGAGAUUACAGCAGUGUCAGGCAAGACUAAUCAAGGUUUGAAAGGUGUGUUCAGCUUAUCUAUGAGACGGAAGCGUGUCCUGGUGAUGUGAAGGCUGCACAUCACUUGUCCUGCCACCCUCCACGGACCUCUGACCCCUCCACCCCCCGACCUUCCACUCUACCUGUGCAGAGCCAGCAUUUCUAAACCAGAAGCCUAGGUGAUGGACUCACUACGCCUGCCACAGCCAAUGGCUCCUCAAAACAAAAGCAAAGACCACGAUGAGAAAAAUGGGACUAAAAGUAAAGAGGUCAAAGCGAGUCCUGCACAUUCCACUGUGGCUUUGAUUGAGGAGGAACAAGAGGAUGCAGACCCAUGGGACCUGCCAGAACUGCAGGACACCGGGGUCCCAUGGUCAGCUCUGGAUACCAAAGGGAAGGUGCUGAGAGUGCUGGUGUCAGUGGGAAAGUUGGCCCUGCUUCUGGGUUUCCUCUACAUGUUCAUCUGCUCCCUCGACAUCCUCAGCUCAGCUUUCCAGCUUGUUGGAGGAAAAACAGCAGGUGACAUCUUCCAGGACAACUCAGUUCUGGCAAACCCGCUGGCUGGUCUGGUCAUUGGUGUUCUGGUCACUCUGCUGGUGCAGAGCUCAUCCACUUCCUCCUCCAUAGUUGUCAGCAUGGUCUCCUCUGGAUUGCUUACGGUCCAGCUGGCUGUUCCUAUCAUCAUGGGCACCAACAUUGGGACCUCCGUCACCAACACACUAGUUGCAAUGACACAGGCAGGUGAACGCAGCACCUUUCGGAGGGCUUUCGCAGGGGCCACAGUGCAUGACUUCUUCAACUGGCUGUCUGUGUUGGUGCUGUUGCCUCUGGAGGUUGCCACCGGUUAUUUGUACGUGGUCACUAAGCUCAUCAUCGACUCCUUUCAAAUCCAGAGUGGAGAGGCCCCAGAGCUGUUAAAUGUGAUCACUGAUAUCCUCACUGAGUCAAUCAUACAGUUGGAUCAGUCUGUCCUUAGUGGGAUUGCCACUGGAGACCCAGAAGCCAGGAAUAAGAGUCUCGUCAAGAAAUGGUGCCAAACCUUCACCAACACAACCUUAAUGAACGUUACGGUUCCUGGUCCAGAGAACUGCACCUCUCCGUCUCUCUGCUGGGUUGAUGGCAACUACACCUACACACUGAAGAACAUCUCUGAAACAUAUAAUGUCCAGAAAUGUAAACACCUCUUUGUGGAUGUAAAUCUGCCUGACCUCGCAGUGGGUCUGAUCCUGUUGGCUCUCUCUCUGCUGGUGCUCUGCUCCUGCCUGGUCCUCAUUGUCAAACUGCUCAACUCCAUGCUGAAGGGACAGGUGGCUACAGUCAUCAAGAGGAUCAUCAACACCGAUUUCCCAUUUCCGUUUGGUUGGGUCACUGGAUACAUUGCCAUUUUAGUUGGAGCUGGAAUGACCUUCAUUGUGCAAAGCAGCUCGGUUUUCACCUCUGCUAUUACUCCACUUGUUGGUAUUGGUGUCAUCAGCAUAGAGAGAGCGUACCCAUUGUCUCUGGGUUCAAAUAUUGGCACAACCACCACAUCUAUCCUAGCAGCAAUGGCUAGUCCUGGAGACACACUGGCUAAUGCUCUACAGAUUGCCCUUGUGCACUUCCUGUUCAACAUCUCUGGCAUCGUUCUGUGGUAUCCUAUCCCCUUCACCCGCAUCCCUAUCCGGCUGGCUAAAGGUCUGGGCAACAUUACUGCCACCUACCGCUGGUUUGCCGCUGUCUACAUCAUCUGCUGCUUCUUCCUUUUACCAGCCUUCGUUUUCAGCCUGUCACUAGCUGGCUGGCAGGUACUGGUAGGUGUGGGAGUGCCUGUAGUUGUCUUAUUGAUCAUCAUUGUGGUGAUCAAUGUGCUGCAGAAACGUAAACCUGGGUGUUUGCCUGCAGUACUGCAAUCCUGGGAUUUCCUCCCACUUUGGGCCCACUCCCUGGCUCCCUGGGACAAAGUGGUCGGUGUGAUUACUGCCAAAUGCUGUUGCUGCUGCAAAUGCUGCCAGCUUGCUCCUGAGGACUCAGAACACACAGAGAAAGAAUCUGCGGAAAAGAACAAGAAGCCACACACAGAGGUGUACGAUAACCCUGCAAUGAGUGCAGAAAAGGAGGUAGAAAAUGAGAUAAAGAUAGAGUUAACGAUUUUGAAAAUGACCCGACUGUGAGAUUUUAUAUGUGUGUGUUUGAGUAUGUGUGCAUGAUGCAAAGAAGCAUAUUGCUCAUGUCACAAGAACGGAAAACAUUCAGGAAAAAAUUGUGUAUGGUGUUAACUGAAGUGGUCUUUAAAGGAUAAGGCUUGCAAUAUUUUCUAUUUUUGUUAUCAUCAGCAAAUUCCCAUGGAAAGACUAAAGCUAACAAUGUGUUAGUCAAUCUCUCUAUGGCACUCAGAUAACUAAAAUGAUGAAAUACAAAUUACAUAUAGAUGUAAAUCUAAUGUUGAACAAAGACAGUGGUGACACUCAUGAUGAAUGGUUAUUGAAAAUGUUGAGCAAAUCAAAAUAACUAUUUGGGCGGCAUAUGCUGUUAGGUUGUAUUGUACUCUGUUAAAAUACAAAAAUUCCUGAAGGUGCUAUGUGGUAGAUAGAUAGUCAUGAUCAGAUCUACACAGCACAUACCUGGCAGAGCACAGGUUUGAUGUGGAUGAAAAAUAGUGGUUUCCACAUGUUUCAACAUUUUUAUCAGGUUUCAUCCUUUGUAUAUAUACAGAGAAAAGAAAAUUGUUUUUUUUUAACUUUGUAUAAAAGACACAUUGAGAUCCUUAACACAUCGUUUUAAGGUGUAAAAAUUGUUUUGUAAUCGAGUGGAUAAUUGUAUUCAAGGAAUAUGUAGUUUGAAAUUAGAUGAAUGUGCAUCUAACUUCAUGUUUUUAACUGUCAAUUUCAGUUUUCAUGUUUAAUGUUGACUUUUCCAUAAUACUCUUAUGAAAAUUAAAAAAAAAUAAAAGACUUAAAUUAUAA